AUGGGUCGUGAUGCCUUCUGGCACCUGCAUGACCUUAUUGCUGCUGAUGCAGCUUUCCAAUCCACAACAAAUCGUCCUCAACGCCCUGUCCGCUAUCAGCUGGCCACAUUCCUAUGCAGAGUCGGGGCUGAAACGGUGCGUGUCAUUGGUGCAAUACGUCGUUUAUGGUCCGAUUACCUUGCAUGGCCUGGAGAAGCUCGAAGACAUUUCAUUUCCGAGAAGUUUGCUGAGCAAGGAUUUCCAGGCUGUCUCGGGACAGCAGAUGGGUGUCUGUUCAGACUCACGAACCAACCACUUGUCAACCCAUAUGCAUAUUGGUGUAGGAAAAAGUUUUAUGCGUUGAUCAUGCAAGCCACAGUUGAUCAUUGUGGCGUGUUCACAUCGCAUGAACUGGGAUGGCCAGGUUCUGUUUAG